AUGGGGUGUUCAGUGUGUCAUGCGGGGAAUAACCUGCCCUAUGCCGUGCCGUCCCGCCGCCCCCCCGAUCCUUCUCUUUUUCCCUAUUAUCGACAAAACCGGCAGAAUCUUUGGCUGCGCUUCACCGAAUGGUGGCCGAGGGUCCCAUCGAGUGAGGUGAAGUACGUCGUUUUUAUCAUUUCCGGCCUUGGCGAGCAUGCCAAUCGCUAUGACUCCAUCGCUGUGAGGCUUAAUCGCGAGGGCGCGGCGUGCUUUUCACUCGACAACGUCGGAUCCGGUGGAAGUGAGGGCUGCCGGCUUUACGUCGAGCGCUUUGACCACUUCGUCGACGACAUUGAGGAUUUUAUGGCGGGCAUAUUGGAAAGGUACCCCGAGCUCAAGGGGCUCCCGCGGGUGCUUCUCGGGCAUUCGAUGGGGGGAUUGAUUGGCUUCUUCACGGCGGUCCGCGCACCGGCGGGUUUUUUUGAUGCUGUCAUCCUCAGUGGGCCGGCCUUCUCGGUGGCCAUGAACUCGCCGGGGCCUUGUAUGCGCAAGGUGCUGAAUUUCCUUUCCAAGACAGUCCCAAAGAUGAAGCUCACACGGCUAAAUGCAAAACUCGUCAGUUACAAUACGCCUGUGGUCGAGCUCGUCAAGCAGGAUCCGUACUACUCGAACGAAAAGCUCCGCGCGCGCUUUCUUGCGGAGUUUCUAGAUGCACAGGAUCGCGCGUUCGUGGAGGUGAAAAAGGUGAUAAAAGAAUUUCCGCUUUUGGUUAUAUUCGGCAAGGAUGAUAAACUGUGUGGUCUGGCACGCGCACAGGAGAUUUUUAACCUUUUCCCAUCGAGUUCCAAAAAAAUGAUUAUCUACCCUAACUCUGGGCAUGAGGUUAUGACUGAGGUGAAUCGAGAUAUUGUACUAAACGACGUGGUGAACUUUAUAAAGGCUCAUUGCAAAUAG